CUUUUUCUUUUGAUCCAUUUUCUCAAAACACUAUCAAAUUGAAUUCCUCUCAACUCAAUCUUCAAAAACUCCCCAAAUUUCUUCCAAUAAUCACCAAAUUACCCCCACAAACUUUCCAUUUCUACACAAUCUCAUGCUUUUUCUCUCUCAAUCAAUCUAAUUUUCACCCAAACUUGUUAACAAUUUCAACUCCCCCCCCAAAAAAAAAAUUAAAAUUUUUUAGGGUUUCAAUCUAGUAAAAAUCUUGAAAAAUGAAGAUCGCUUAUGAUUUUUGUACAGUUCAAUGUUCAUUUUAGACCCCCAAAGUUUUCGUUUUGAUCAAUUUCUAGUCCCCAAAAAUUUUCAAUUUUAGGGUUGCUUCAAUCAGUUCAGUUAAGUAAGAAUCUUGGAAAAUGAAGAUCGUGUAUGAUCUUUGUACAGUUCGAUGUUCAUUUUAGACCCCCAAAGUUUUCAUUUUUAUUAAUUUUAGGGUUUGAUCUUUUAGCUGUGAUCAGUUCCUUUGAUUAGGAAUUAUGCAAAUGAAGAUCUUCUAUGAUUUUUGUACAGUUCGAUGUUCAUUUUAGACCCCCCCAAGUUUUCAUUUUGAUCAAUUUAGGGUUCAAUCUUUUAGCUGUGAUCAGUUUGGCUAGUUUUGGAAAUGAAGAUGAUGGUGUUGUUCAUCUAACAUGCAAUAGAUUUAUAUGAUUUUUUUACUGUUCAGUGUUUGUUUAGAACCCCCCCAAGUUUCCAUUUUGAUCAAUAGAGGUUUUAAUGUUUAGCUUUGAUUGAUCAGUUUAGUGGAUUAGGAUCAAUCUUUAGAUUUUGAUUGAUUGUGUAUGUUUUUUGUAUAGUUCAGUGUUUAUUGUAGAACCCCAAGUUUUCGUUUUGAUCGAUUUAAGGUUCAAUCUUUAGCUUUGAUCAGUUUUAGUGGAAAUGAAGAUAGUGGAAUUGGAUGAUUCGUGGAUAGAAAGUGAUGGAAAGUGUGUGAAUACUGAAAGACGGGUUGUCGUUGGGGUUGAUGCUAAGAGAGCUUUGGUUGGAGCCGGGGCUCGGAUCCUGUUUUACCCGACCCUUUUGUAUAAUGUUUUCCGCAACAAAAUUCAAUCGGAGUUCAGAUGGUGGGAUCAAAUUGAUCAGUUUCUCCUCCUUGGAGCAGUUCCAUUUCCAUCAGAUGUCCCGCGGUUGAAGCAGCUCGGCGUUGGUGGUGUAAUAACACUAAAUGAACAUUAUGAAACUUUGGUACCAUCGUCGUUGUACCAUGCCCAUGGGAUAGAUCAUCUCGUCAUUCCAACUAGAGAUUAUCUAUUUGCACCCUCUUUCGUGGAUAUAAAUCGAGCAGUAGAUUUUAUUCACAGGAAUGCAUGCAGUGGCCGGACUACUUAUGUGCAUUGCAAAGCCGGAAGGGGAAGGAGCACAACCGUUGUGCUUUGCUAUUUGGUCGAAUAUAAGCACAUGACUCCUACUGCUGCGCUGGAAUUUGUCCGCUCCAGAAGACCUAGAGUUUUGUUGGCUCCUUCUCAAUGGAAGGCUGUUCAAGAAUUCAAGCAACAGCGAGGGGCAUCUUCUCCACUCUCGAGUGAUGCUGUGUUGAUCACUAAAGCAGAUCUUGAAGGGUAUCAUUGUUCUUCUGAUGAUCGUCGCGGUAAGGAGCUGGCCCUAGUGCCCCGAAUGGCAAGAACACAGCCAAUGAUAGCUCGAUUAUCCUGCCUCUUUGCGUCACUGAAAGUAUCAGGUGGUUGUGGACCUGUUACCCGGCAACUGACCGAGGCACGUGCCUGCUAAUUGCACACUCAUCGACAGGGCUUCCUUGUACAGAAGACUGAAGAGGCACUGCUUAAAUAAGUUCAGAUGAGUUUUAUAUCUUUGAAUCUGUGCUUUAAUAGUUUAACAUCAAGGGAUUAUGAAUAGAGGGAAAAAAAAACGGUUGAAGAGUCCCUCAAUAUUGUAUAAACAUGUGCAGAGGGUAUGACUUUUGGUUUCAUCUGUAAAUAUUUGUUAAUUACUACUCCGUCCUUUCCAAAUUACUCGACAUUAGUUUGAAUUGGAGUUUGAGAAAGAAAUGAAGCUUUUGCAA